AUGCAGGAUUCACCUAUUCCUAUUGCAAUGGAUGGAUAUACCAGUAAUGUGCCAGCCUUUCUUACUAAACUGUGGACACUAGUGGAAGAUCCUGAAACCAAUCAUUUAAUCUGCUGGAGUGCUAGUGGAACAAGUUUCCAUGUUUUUGAUCAGAGCCGCUUUGCCAAGGAGGUUCUUCCAAAAUAUUUUAAGCACAACAAUAUGGCAAGCUUUGUCCGACAGCUGAAUAUGUAUGGCUUUAGGAAAGUGGUGAACAUUGAACAAAGUGGUCUUGUGAAACCUGAACGUGAUGAUACUGAGUUUCAACAUCUAUACUUCCUUCAAGGUCAUGAAUACCUACUGGAACACAUAAAGAGAAAGGUUUCUGUCUUGAAAAGUGAGGAAACGAAGAUGCGUCAGGAAGACUUGAGCAGGCUACUGUAUGAAGUGCAAGUUCUGCGAAACCAGCAGGAGAACAUGGAAUGCCAAAUGCAGGAUAUGAAGCAUCAAAACGAAGUCCUUUGGCGUGAAGUUAUGUCACUCAGAAGGAAUCAAAUGCAGCAGCGGAAAAUAGUAAACAAGUUGAUUGAGUUCCAGUUUGGAAAGUUCCACCCAAACCACAGCAUUAGUGGGCUAAAGAGAAAACUACCUCUUAUGUUGGAUGGUGGGGAUUCAAGUCCAUCGGAGUCUAUGUGCAGCUGUCAGAUUUCUGUUGAUCCUAUUCCUGAAUCCUGCUUCAUUAAUUCACCAUCCACUGAACCCAUUUCCUGUUUAAAUAUGCCUAAUACUGAAGGUCCAGUCAUAUCAGAUAUAACUGAGAUGCACCAGUCCACUGUGAUGAAUAUGCACUCACCUGCUGAACAUGAGAGUGGAAAGUGCCUUCGGCUAGUAAAAGAAGAACCUGUCAGUCCUAGAGUGGAAGUCCGCAACAGGACUGUCCUUCCACAGCCCUCCUGCGCAGCUGGUACGGAACCACCAGUGUUAUCCGUGUCAAUGGUCCAGUCCAUUUUGGAAGAAAAAGAGAGCUGUGAAUCAUCUCCAGCAGGCAGUCCUCAAUCACAGGAGAGCAGUGAAAGCAGUGUCAGAAAAGCAUUUAAUGACAGGUGA